UGGCACUGUGUGGUGGGCGGGCGGGCUUGUCUCUCUUGGCAGAGACGUUGAAGUCUGUGGUUUAAACCUCAGUCGUGGUUUUAUCUCGGAUCCCCCACAUAACCCUGCCGUUCACGAUAAGGGCGUCAUAAAGCAGGGAGCUGGGAGGCCUUGGACACUGCCCAGGCGAUAGCGCAGUGUUCUCCCAGUGUGGAGGCAGUCGGGACGAGUCGUGACGGGAUGGACUGGGCUCUUCUGUGGACCUGCUGUCUGGCCCUGCUCCCUGUGCUCAGGUGCGCUCUGCCUCCUCCCUGCGACAGUGAGAUCUACUGCAUGGGGGAGAUCCUGAGGCAGGUCCAGCUGGCCAGGCUGUUCGACGACGAUAAGCACUUCGUGGAUAUGAAGCUGAAGGAGCCCCCAGAAAGAGUGCUGCAGUCUUUCUGGAACCUGACCUCUCGGGUUCCAGGUGGAAACCUUCCUGCGUCCCAGCUUCGGAAAUUCCUCGAGGAUUUCUUUGAGGAACCAGGGACGGAGUUCGAACCAUGGACUCCAGCGGAUUGGCACAGCAAGCCCAGGUUCCUGUCGAAGAUCGCGGACGGCAGGCUGCGCCGCUGGGCCAAGGAGCUCCACCAGCUGUGGAAAUCGCUCGGGAGGAAGGUGCGCCCUGAUGUGAGGGUACAUCCUGAGCUCUACUCCCUGAUCUACACCCCCAACCCCCUCAUCGUCCCUGGGGGGCGCUUCAGGGAGCUCUACUACUGGGACUCUUACUGGGUGAUCAAUGGGCUGCUGCUCUCCGAGAUGCAGGACACAGCGCGAGGCAUGAUCGAGAACUUCCUCCACCUCGUGGACAAGUACGGCUUCGUCCCGAACGGCGGGCGAGUGUACUUCGAGCGCCGCAGUCAGCCCCCCUUCCUGACGCUCAUGGUGGAGAGCUACUACCGUGCCUCGCAGGACAAGGCCUUCCUCAGGACCGCCCUGCCCAUUCUGGAGAAGGAGUACGCCUUCUGGAUGCAGAACCGCUCCGUGGUCCUGGAGGCCGCAGGAUCGCGGCACACUCUGAAUCGCUACAGCGUGGAGGUGGGACAGCCCAGACCCGAGUCCUACACUGAUGACCUGGACCUGGCUCAGGGGCUGACGCCAGAGGCCCGGGACAGGCUGUGGAUGGAGCUGAAGGCUGGGGCAGAGUCAGGAUGGGAUUUCUCCUCGCGGUGGUUCAUCAAUGGCAGCGGCGCGCUGCGCGACACCCACACCAGCGCCAUCCUGCCCGCCGACCUCAACGCCCUGCUCUGCCGCAUCGAGAGGACGCUGGCCACCUUCUACAGGGCGCUUGGCAACAGCACCGCGGCGCGCAAGUACGACAUCGCCCUGGAGCGCCGCGUGAAGGCGGUGAGAGCUCUGCUGUGGAACGAGGAGAGAGGCGCCUGGUUUGACUACAACCUGCUGACCAAUGCCAGCCACCUCGCCUUCUUCCCCUCCAACAUGGCGCCUCUGUGGGCACAGUGCUACUCUGAGCCCAGUGCUGGAGAGCGGGCACUGCGCUACCUGCAGAGCAGCCCAGCCUCGCGCUUCCCCAGCGGACUGCCCACCUCUCUGACGGACAGCGGGCAGCAGUGGGACCUGCCCAAUGCCUGGCCCCCUCUGCAGCACAUGGUCAUCGAAGGUCUGACCAGGCUGACGUCCGAAAGCGCAGAGCAGACUGCCUUUGAUCUGGCCCAGAGGUGGAUACGGACCAACUGGGAGGCCUAUGGCAAGCACAAGGCCAUGUUUGAGAAGUACGACGUGCUUGGAGAUGGCACACCAGGGGGAGGUGGGGAGUACGAAGUUCAGCUGGGGUUCGGAUGGACCAAUGGCGUGGCGCUGCAGCUGCUAGACCGCUUUGGGGACAGACUGUCGUCAGGAGGGGCUCAGGCCCUGAGCUCCGGCCUGGGAGUGGGGCUCCUCUGUGCUGCCUUGCGGUUUCUUUUGUGAACUGCAGCUGUGGACUCCUCGACUCCUGCCUGGGCUCCUUACAGCUGGGCAGCCCUCCUCAGCCACCACGCCACACUUACUGCAGACAUCCUGGAGGCGCCCUGAGCAAAAACAUAUCGAAUGCAAUCUACAGUGCCUUGCACAGCUAUUCAGACCUGCUAAACAUUUUCAAAUGUUGCUGGAUUACCAAUGAUACUUCCACAUCGUUUUCUACUAGUAUUUUAUUGCACACGGGCUCAAACAAACGUUUUUUGAGACAGAAUUAGUUUUUUGUCAGCAGAUAUCUUAAAGAAAGAGCCCUGUGCUCUGGUAGCUCUAAAUUUACACGUGAAAGACACUGUCCUAACGAGGACAUUAUUGGCUUACAAUACUGUAUACAGUAUAUGUAUUGCAGACAAGUCUCAAAGCAUUUCCAAAGGUGAGAUUUCUAAAAUUGCUUAAUUCUUUACGCCUUUAGAGAAUGGUUGUGAUAGAACUUAAGCUGCUCUGCAAAAAAAACAUUUUGUUUAUGAUGUAGUUUUUCAGCUUUUUUAUGUUGUUCUUAUGUAUUUAGUUUUCAAGAAAGUCUGCACACCCUUUGCAAAGUAAAAAACAAUUUUGUGGCUCAACAGCCUGAAAUCCAGACACAUUCAAUCAGAUUUUAUUGUACCUCGAGUUACACAAUUUAACACAAUUUCAGAGUGAAAAACAAAUACUCUAACAUUCUGAAAAGUAAUUACAAAUACAAACCCCAAAAAAUGAC